CAACUGUGAUACACCCGUUUUAAAACGGGGUACAUUAAGUGUUUUUGUUUUUUUUGUGCAUUUUGUGGAAUUAUGUUAACGUGAUAUGAAAGUGAAGGGCUUUGUUUCUAUAUCCGUAUAGCUUCACGUUUUUAGAUGGAGUAUGUUGGUUGUUUUGGCUGCCAGAGCAAGUCUACCUCAGAAAAUAACAAAGUCAUUUGGACUAUAAGGAGAAAUCGUAGGCUCUUUAAGAGUACAUUUUGGGCUUAAUUUAUGUAUGGGAGGUUUGUCAUGUUCGGUUGAGUCGAGUGCUCUGUAGCUACUCAGCACAUGACUUCUGAGAAGCUACCAUGGACCACGCAAGGUCGACAAUAUCCAAAAUUUUCAAUGGAGAGCCUCGCUCAUACACACGCUUCAACCUGACGCAGAACAUGGAGGGUGAGAACAGCCAGGUGGAGAUGAAGCUGUCGUCCGACAUGGACGAGGAGGUGGGCGGCAAUGGCGUGGGGGAGGACCACAACCAUGCCAAGGAACCCUAUGUGGUACACAGGCCGGCCGGGCGCACGCCCAAGAGCGUCUGCUUCAUGGUGGCCACCAUACUCCUCAUCUUCAUCAUCAGCUAUCUGAUUGGCUACCUGUCCCAUCGGAAGAAAGAGUUGGCUCCUCCCAGCUGCUCUAGGUCCACCUUUGAAGAAUCCAUUACCCAGAGUUCUGUUAAGAUGGAGGCGGACCCUCUCAUGGACUGGAAUGACGUGAAGAGACUGCUGGAUGAGAAGAUGAGUGCCUCCAGCUUCGAGAGCGCCUUCAGUGAGUUUGCUAGUGAAAGCCAUCAGGCAGGCUCUGCUGGAGACACUGUGCUGGCCAAGCAGGUGAUGGGAAGGUUCAAAGAGUAUGGCAUGUAUACGUGGACUGAUGAGCACUAUGUCAAGCUUGUGGAUCCCCCUGCAUCUGGCUCCAACAAGGUGACCUUCAAAGGGUCUGAUCUUGGAACACUGAGGGGAUAUCUGGCCUACAGCAAAACUGGAACAGCAAAGGGCGCAGUACUUCACGGCAACUACGGCCAGAUGGACGACCUGAGGAAACUGCAGGAUAAGAACAUUGCCUUGGACGGGAGGGUCCUUCUGGUCAGAUCUGGAAAAAUAAGCUUUGCUGAGAAGGUGGCCAACGCAGCCAAGCUGAAUGCCUCUGCUGUUCUCAUCUACCCUGCUGACGACAGAAGGAUCGGAGGGUCCACUCAGCUCUUUGGCCAUGUCCAUCUUGGCUCUGGUGACCCUUACACCCCUGGGUUCCCCUCCUUCAACCAUACCCAGUUUCCCCCUGUCCAGUCCUCAGGCCUCCCCAGCAUUCUGGCCCAGACCAUCACAGUCAACAUGGCCACCACUAUCAUGAGGGAAAUUGAAGGGAAAAGCACCCCUACAGGUUGGGGAGUGGUAGGAAAACUGGGAGAUAAUGACGAUAUGGUCACGGUGGAGGUCAACAACGUCCUGGCUGAGAAGUUGAUCGUCAACGUGUUUGGAGUCAUCAAAGGCUUUGUGGACCCAGAUCGUUUUGUGGUUAUGGGUGCUCAGAGGGAUGCCUGGGGUCCAGGCUUCGCCAGCUCCACAGUGGGCACCAGUGUGUUGGUGGAGCUGGCCCGCACCAUCUCAGACAUGGUGAAAAAUGAUGGCUUCAAGCCCAGGAGGAGCAUCGUUUUUGCCAGCUGGAGUGCUGGAGAGUAUGGGAGUGUUGGCGCCACCGAGUGGUUGGAGGGUUAUUUGUCUUCUCUGAACAUGAAAGCCUUUUCUUACAUCAACCUGGAUGGAGUUGUAACAGGUUUCCCAACAUUCAAAGCCUCGGCCAGCCCUUUAAUGAACACACUCAUCCAGAGAACGCUACAGGAGGUGAGCACUCUCAGUGACUCAGGUACACUCUACUCUGCAGUCCCCGGGCUCAACUGGGAGGCAGCAGUCAUGGAGCCUCUGAGGCUAAAUGAUCCCGCUUAUCCCUUCAUCACCUUCUCCGGGAUCCCAUCCGUCUCAUUCCGUUUCACCACAGAGGGUGAGGAAUACCCAUUCCUCGGGACACUGGAUGAUACACGCGACAAGCUGUAUGGUGCCACGUCCAACCAGGUAGCCAAGCUGGCGGUGUCCGCAGGGCAGUUUGCCGGGAAAAUAGCCCUGCGGCUGGUCCACGACCACCUGCUGCGCCUGGAUGUGGAGAAAUACACCCGCCAGAUCCGCACCCACGUGUUUGCCAUUAACUCCAAGAUCAAAACAGUGCAGAGUAUGCAGCCCCAGCUGUUGCCUAAGUCGCUGUCUGUCCAGUGGCUGAUGUCUGCGACGGGCUCCUACAGCCGAGCCGCCAGUAGCCUGGCCACUGAAAUCGAUAAUAGUAACCUGGAGGACGCAGAGCUGUGCCGGAACAUCAACGACCGCAUCAUGAGUGUGGAGAGGGACUUCCUGUCCCCAUACGUGUCUCCCAGAGAGACCCCGUUCCGCCACAUCCUGGUGGGCUCCGGCUCCCACACCCUGAAGGCUCUGUCAGACCACCUGGACGCCCUGCAGAUUGACCACUCAGGCGCCAACGCUGAUCUGUUCCGGAUUCAGUUUGCUUUGGCAACCUGGACCAUCCAGGGCUGCGCCAACUCACUGGCGGGGGAAGUCUGGUCCACAGAUAACAUGAUCUAAUCCGGUCUCGACGUGUCCUAUUAAACAAAAUACCCAAUAUAGCCAUCGCUCAAGGCACCCUCAGUUAGGUUCAACCAUUCAGGAAAGUUAAAUGGAAGUGUUCUGUAUCGAUAUCAAUAACUCAACCUCCUUUUUUUUCAUAUGCAUUGCAACUCAUCAGUACGAUAUGCUGUACUUUACCUUCCGCACAAGGCCCCAAAAAAUAACACUUAAAUUCAACUGCCUUAAAUUUCACUUGUUUGUGAAAUUAGUGAAAAGCCAUUUAUCACUCUUGCGAGGGGAAAAAAAAAACUGAAAUGCAUCUCUUAACGCCGUAUGUGAAUUUAUAUUGGUGUUAAAUACGAAUGACUAAUGGCCUACAAAUGUUACAGUACUUACUAGUAUGGCAAUAACACAGUUUUGGCCCAAUAUCCAAGGUCACAAACACCUAAAUUGUGUGUGUAAACUCAAGAGGUACUUUGCGAUUACAACAGAAAGGUUAUUAUGGUACUAUUACCACCCAUGAACAAAAUGACAAAAAAAUAAUUUACAAUCCGAGACCGCUGUUAUUUCUACACUGUUACUUUACAUUGGAUUCAAACCUGGGCUGUUUUUUUAUAGAGAUUAAGGUGCUGAAAACUUUAGAACAAAGACCUGGUCUGAGAGCUGUUGCCAAAUGGGUUUAAAUUUACAUUCAGUUCAGAAAGUAACACAGAAUAGAUCGUUAUCAAUAAAAGGUCACAAGAUUGGAUUUGCCUGCUUGGCGGCGAGGAGACCACCGCUCUGCUAAAACCAGGGGCAACUGCGUGCCCUUUUUUCAAGGGAUUGUUAAAUCAAUUUUUAACUCUUUGGUUGUAAUAUAAUCCCCCUCCUUGAAGAGCAUAGUCAGAACCUACAAAAGUACGAUUUUUUUUUUCUUUCUCCCUUGCAACCAAUUGAGCACAUUUUAACUCUGUUUUCAUACAGCAUGUAACUGCAUGCUUUUCAUGAUCAGUAAACGUAAUUUCAGAUACAUGAGGGCAAGCCUCUCAACAUCCCUCAAUAUUGGCCACCAUUAAUUGGAUAUUUUAAGUGCUAAAAAAAAGUUAACCACUCAUUCCUGUCAUGUUAAGGUUAAUUUCCCCAUCUUUUGUGGGCUCUGCUUGUCAAGCAGCAGAAGGGUACAUUUGCAGGUGUAAUGUGUACGUUGCAAGCUACCGGUCGGAGGUUUGUACAGUUGGCUAAACAUGUGUAUAUGUAUGUAUGUCUGUGUGUGUGUGUUUAGCUCUUUCCUAAAGCCUAAUCUCUGAUGAAGCAAGCUAAAUGAGUUUUAGCUAGCUACAUGCCAAAUGGCUAGGCUACCUUCCCUCACGUAUCUUAAACAACAUGAUACAUGGAUGUUUACUACUAAUGAGAAAGCAUGCAGUGACUGCUAAAUGUGAAAUAAUCAGCAAUGUGGUGUUCUGACUAUGCUCUUCAAGAAGUGAUGAUAUUAUUAACCUAAAUAGUUAUAAUAUUGAUUUAACAAUUCCCUUAAACGGCACAUAUAGUUGUCAAUGGUUUUAGCGACGCUGCAGUCAAAUCAAAUGCUUCGCCACAUUUGACACACUAUUGAUAACGACCUGUUGACCUGACCCUUCACUGAGCCCUGCCUGCCUUGGUUACUGUUGCCACCGGGAAGCCAAAUUCUCCAUUCAACCACUGUUGAAAUCUCCUCACAAUGAUCUCAAACUGUGUUUUCGAAUACACAAUGAAAUUAGACAGACUGACUGUGACUUCCCCUUGCUAAUCAGGAAGCUCUUGGGUAUGUUGUGGUUGCCUGCCAUUACAAUUGCUUCAGGGGAACCUGGUAAAAAAAAAUGUUUGUACUUUAGCUAGCCACUGAAUGGCUCUGAAAUCAUUGUCGGCAUGCAGUUAAAGCUAUAACCACUUUUGGCGCUAACGAGUGCCCUCAAACCAUAUCCUGAUGUCGACAGCAGUAUAAGCUAAAAACCAAGCUAGCUAGCUAAAACAAUUUAGCUAGCAUUAGCAAGCUUGGUGGUCAGCGACAGAGCUAGCUAAACUAGCAAACAAAAUGUAAUUUUGGAUAAUUUUGGAUUUAAAAAAAAUACUCCAACAGGGUCUCUAUUUCAGGAAUCACAGUAGCAAGUAUUCCUGGUGCAUAUUUCAAAUAUUUAUCCAUUUGAAUAAAGUUUGAAAAACAAUUUUUUUGCCAUAGAUGGGUUGGCGUGGCUUAGCGAAGGGUCAUUUGAACCAUGUAAAGUGAGACCAUCUAACCUAGUUACUGAUGUUCAGUUGUCCUGAGACCUAAAGGCUAAAGCCCUUUGUUUUUUUUACGCCUCAAGCAACAUGUAACUUACACCACACUUGUGAGCUCUUUCAAAAUGGCCUCCUGCUGACAUGAAUACAAUAGCGAGGACUUUUAAACCUGGGGCGAAAGGGUCUUCACCACAUGGCACUGAAAAGGUCUAUUUAUUUCCUUGUUUAUUUAUCAGUGACAGGGUUCACUAUAAAUGGUGUGUUUUUUUUUUAUAACUACUUUUUAAACAUGUAUAAUUAUCGGGAGCAGUGUCUUCCAUAAUUAUGACAGUAAUACUGUCAAAAUGACAAAGCAGCAUCUGCUAUGGAAGUGUACCUGUCAGACCGACUAACCCAUACUAGAGACCAGCCCAUACUUCAGUCCAUUCAGUCACCUACUUCACAACCGACUGCGAGUUAGCCGUUAAUAUAUUCCCGAAUUACAUCUCAAACAGAUGUUCAAAAUACAUUGAAAACAGCACAACCAAAGUUUGUUUCCUAAAAAAAUUAAUAAAUAAUUGAACCGUUAUUUCACUCGGCAAUCAGUUAAGAAAAAAGUAUUAUUCAUAAUGACGGCCUACCCCGGCCAAACACUAAUGACGCUGGGCCAAUUGUGCGCCACCCUAUGGGACUCCCAAUCACGGCCUGUUGUGAUACAGCCUGGAAUCGAACCAGGGUCUGUAGUGACACCUCUAGCACUGAGAAGUAAUACCUUAGGCCGCUGCGCCACUCAGGAGCCCAAAUUGCCUUUUUAGAUUAACACAAAACUCAAGGCGGUUUCUAGUACAGGUCUCUUGGUGAAUGUACACUUUCUCAUCCUGAAACAUUAUCGGGAGCAGUGUCUUCCAUAAUGUGAAGAAGAAGGUAGUUUUUGUCUACCAGCGUGUCCGUAUCGGAGGCAGUGACCUCCAUAUUUCACUGUAGGGUGGAUGUGAUUUAUUAUCGGGAACAGUGUUUCCCAUAAUGUUGUGUAUAUAAUGUCUGCGUCCACAUCUUUUGCGGUGCUUGCCGUUCCCUGUCAUGUUGUCGCAACCCCCUAUAACCGUGUCACUCUGUAGUCGGCUAGUAUUUGAUUUCUACCAGGUGCUGUUCUUCCUCUUGACUAUCCAUAAGGAAUGGAUAGUGUGAACCUGAAACAUCCAUUGAUUGGGUAAAUGUUAAAUCUGAGACUGACCGAUUGUCGUCAAAAGGGUUUAAUGUUUUCACAAAAGAUUGAGACCUGGAUCUUAUUUCCUGUAUGAUUCUGUUCGUAUGACAAUAUCGGUUACACUUAACAUAAAGCCUGCACUGAAGUAUAAUGCUUUAUUACUUAUAAGCAUGUAUGAGCCAUUUUAUAAUGUCUUAUUCUAAGACUUCUAGUAUGCUUUCUCUUUAUGUAGGACUUUUUUUGUCCGGAUCAUUUAUGAAACCAUUCUUAUGACAAGUCUUACAAUGCAUUAUAACCACAAUGUAUUAUAACCACUGCAGGCUUUUAAUAAAGUGUUACCAAGUUACAUUUUUUCUUUCUUAUUCUCCCUUUUUUGGGGUUGCUGUACAUUCUGUUCUCGUUAGAGGCUAUCUGUGCCUUGUUAUGUUGUGAAUGGUAAUUAAUGUAGAGAAAUCCUGGCGUAAUGAAGUCUUCUCUGUGGUGUAUAUUGUUUUUGUUUUAUCCAUACUUUGCAGACAUCGUAGUUCUUGAUUUAAGAUGUGUGAGUAUAAUUUGGAUGCGUUUUGAAAGUCUCAUUUUGUUAGCUUAAAGCUAGAAUCCGCUGUUGAAACAAUAACGAAGGGUGACUUUGUUGUCCUUUAAGCCAACUUUUGUUUUCCUUUUACUCUGUUAGUAGAAGUGCUGGGGGAUGGGCCUGGAGAAAUGCAACAACUCUUAAAUUCAGACAGAGCUAUGGAUCCAAGGACUGACUCCAGGACAUCUAUCAAACUCAUUCCGUGGAGGGCCGCGUGUCUGCAGGUUUUCGCUCCACACUUGUACUUGAUUGAAUUAAGGUCACUAAUUAGUAAAACUCACAUCACCUGGUUAUCUAGUACUAAAUUGAAACAAAAAACCCGCAGACACUGCCCUCUGUGGAAUGAGUUUGACACCCCUGAUUCAUGAUAUCAAAAUGAGAGUUUUAACCAUGUUUUGAGGCUAUACAGUAUUUUACAUUUUCUUUUUUACAUUUGAGUAAAACAAGCUUAUAUUUUGGGUUCAGAUGGGGUAUGCCAGUUGAACUAAGCUCAUUAAUAAGGCAUUCAUAAUUGAUAUUAUUGAAUAUUCAAUUGGUGUAUAUACCAUUUUUUUUUAAAUUUUUUAAAUCCAAAAUGGAUGUAGCAACUGCGGAUUCCAGCGUUAAGGCCAAAGUCAUUGUUUUUGAGAGAAGUCUACUAUUACACUCAUAGGUUAUAAACAGGCUUGAUUAUGACUGUUAGAAAAUAACAUGAAUAUUUGAAAAAAUGUCUAGAACAACUUCCUAACUUACACAGCAGACAAAGAAUUUCUUAAACUUUUUUUAUUUGUUUACGGGACACAAUUUACUGAUCAUAUAAAUAUUUGACCAUCAGACACGUCUGCUCGACAGGUAGACCUGAGUUGUCAUGUCACAUUGGCAGAGUCAAAAUUCCAUGAACCAAAUUGUCAGGGAUUACCACACUGAAAUGGCUAUUUUUCCUGCAUUAGUUAGGCUUGGCAGUUUACAUUUAACCACUCUAAACUGGAAAGUAUGCUACAAUCAGAUUAUUCAGUAUGCUAAUUUAAAGCCAAAGUAUUGGCCAAACUGUGAUGCCCCACAAAGGUGUAAUUGGUGUAUUGAUUGAGUUAUGAUAGAAAAUGUCCUACAAUGUAUGUUUUUGAGGAUUGGAUUAAAUCGCUUCCCUUUGGUGGGUACUUAAAUACAUUUUAAAAGCCUGGAAAAACGAUAUGUAGCAUAUUUUGGAAAGACGACUUAUUGGAUGUUGGAGUUUCUUUUGUUUAGGACUACGCAAAAUUGCUUGUCUCCUGUGUUUGCUGCAAUAAAUCAUUACACAGGU